GUCGCUCAAAUCAGCUUUUGCGACCGGACAUCGCUGACCGUCAUUGCCCUCGAUCUUGGAGAACAUUGUCAUGGAGCAAGCUGGUCUUGAAGGUGCUGAGCUUGUAAGCGGAGCUACUACCAUCGCCGAUGGCAACACGAUUACUCGCUGUAAUCUGCGCAACUGUGCUGUCACUAGCUCCUCGGUGAAGCUUAGCGACUUCUCCGACCGUGUUUUCUCGCAUGCGCGCUCAGUGAAGCAAUCAACCGGAACUAAAACAAAUUUCCACGAUGUAUCUCAUACUAGUCGCAGUACCUUCUCCAAUAGCAUCAUUCGAGACCAGUCCAGUGUUCAUCGGAGCGAAGUGAAAUUGUCUACACUGAAUGACUCGAGCAAUGUGAAGCGCAGCGCGGUCAUUGGAUCAAGCAUCUCCCGCACUUCAGUAUCGAGGACAACUUUGACCGACUGCAAUACCGAGGAAUGCAUCUUCGAACGCUGCUCGUUCAAGGAUAUGAUACUCAAGAAUGGCUACUGGAAAAGGAACCAACUCAUCAAGAAGGUAGGGAGUAAGGAGCCAGUCGCCGUCAAGAAGGAUGGGCCGGAGCCUGCGAAUUCUGGAGUUAUGCCGUCUUCAUCUAAUAUUCCGGUGGUCCCCGACACGAGCUCAAAGUCUGAGAUGUCCGCUUCACGAAAUGUCCUCCAUCGCCUGGAUUCUAAUGUCACUCUUGAAAGCGAGGAAUCAGAUGAUUCUGGAGACCUCCCUCCGCCAUACAAAGUUUGA